AAAUAUAUUGAUCUGCGCUCGCUCUCUCUCCAUGCAUGGUGGUCAUGUGACCAGGAAGCAGACACGAACAAACCACAGCGUUCCAUAUUGCCGCUGUCCACGGAAUCGAGGACCAACUGAACAUAAUAGAUGGGAAAUUAGAAGAGAAUUACUAAUGCUAUGUUUCGGCUUGAGCGAUGAGGAUGUAGGAUUAUCCCGACCAGGCUAAACUAGGAUAGCUAGAAGAAGCCUAAUCAUUUCAACCAUUAUUAUCCAGCCGAUUUUUUUCUUCCAGCCUGUCUUGUUUUGAUCAGUUUUGAGAAUUGUGUUGCGGCAAAAAUAUUGCUAUGCACUUUAUAACCCUGGUUGAACGGACAGAAUCUGCGUAGAGGAGAGAGUAUUAGCUGUUACUUCAAUUAAAAAAAAAAAAAAAGAUGUACAAGGCAGGUCAAAUAAGAACAAAUUGUUGUUUAUAAUGACGGCCUGGUAAGAGGCAAAAGGCCUCUCAAAAGCGGUAAGAAGUAAGGAAACAAAUAUCUGGUUAUUUUGUUAUGACAUAUUGUUUGGCAGAAUAAACACGGUGUAAUGAAUAUUUUCCAAAAUUGCGUUAACCACUCCAGUCAGCAGAUGGCGAUGUGAGUCUUUCAAGUAAUUUUUCUUGCGUGACGUAUAAUCUAGUCGACGGAGCGGGAAGCUUUUUCAACAGCAAGACGGACUCGUGAACAGUUAGCUUGCUAGCAAACAUACAAACCAAAACGUCGGAGCUUUUUUCACAAUUUUGUGUUUAUCAACCACGGGGUUUUAAGCACACAGUCUGUCUGCUUACUAGUUAUUAAAUGUCAUAUAUAUGUUGUUAGUCAGCUAACUUGUUAAGAUAGCCUAGCACGACGCUAGUCGCUAAUUAACUAGCUAGCCAACUAACAUCCACCACUAUGAGCUCAAUAAGCUACUCAACCCCUAUUAAAGAAGAGGUCUGCUGGUCGGAAAAAGAAGCUCUGGGGCUGAACAUUAUCGUGAAAGAGGAAGAGGAGGAUCCGGAGAUGACUGUCACAGGGAAAGGGGAGGAAGAAGCUGUGUUAGUGAAGGAGGAAGAGGAGGGGGAGAUUUCUGUCACAGGGAAAGGGGAGGAAGAAGCUGUGUUAGUGAAGGAGGAAGAGGAUGUUUUUAGAGUGAAAGAGGAGGAAGAAAAGGAAGAUAUGACUGUCACGGUGAAAGAGGGGGAGGAGGAUGAAGAGGAGGAGGAGAAGAAGGGUGAAGAGGAGGAGACAGGAGAUCUGAUUAACACCAGAGAGAGACAUGACUAUUGUGGAUCCUCUGGGGAGCCUCAACAACAUCCUGAUGCUGACGAGUCAGAGAAGAGUCUCUCCAGAUCAGAACACCAGAUGGACAACGCUAGCCCUUUCUCCCUCCUGGAGUCCCCGUGUCGUGCCUUUCCCGGUAGCACCUUACUGCUGGGUAUGAAGAGGUUGUCUGUGCUGCUGGUGGACUGCAGGAGAACAACGGGGCUGAGUGGAACUGUGAGAGGAGGAGAAGAGAAGAAAGGAUCAGAUUUGACUCAUCAAAGAGAGAGGCCAGACUCUCACUCUGACACUAGGAAGAGUCCUACAGGGGAAUCAGACCCAGUGACAUCCAAACCAGCAAGACCCCACCAGUGUUCCCAGUGUGGAAAGAGAUUUAUCCGGUUAGGGCACCUGAAACAACACGAAAGAAUACACACAGGAGAGAAGUCUUACCAAUGCUCUCAGUGUGGAAAGGGUUUUGGACAGUCAGGUUCUCUAAAAGUGCAUGAAAGAACACACACUGGAGAGAAACCGUAUCAAUGCUCCCAGUGUGAAAAGAAAUUUUUCUCAUCAGGGGACCUGAAAUCACAUGAGAGAACACACUUAGUAGAGAGGCCUUUCCAAUGCUCUCAGUGUGGAAAGAGAUUUAGCCAGUCAUCGCAUCUGAAAGAGCAUGAAAGAAUACACACAGGAGAGAAGCCAUUCCAAUGCUCCCAGUGUGGUAAGAGUUUUACCCAGAGAGGGAAGCUGAACUAUCAUGAAAGGACACAUACAGGGGAGAAGCCUCAUCACUGCUCUCAGUGUGGAAAGGGUUUUGGACAGUCAAGGCAUCUAAAAGUGCAUGAAAGAGCACACACUGGAGAGAAGCCGUAUCAAUGCUCCCAGUGUGAAAAUAUAUUUUUAUCAUCAGGAUACCUGAAAUCACAUGAGAGAACACACUUAGUAGAGAGGCCUUUCCAAUGCUCUCAGUGUGGAAAGGGAUUUAUUCACUCAUGGCAUCUAAAAGAGCAUAAGAGAAUACACACGAGAACAACCAUUCCAGUGCUCUGUGUGGAAAGGGGUUUAACUGGGUAGUGAGCCUGAAAACACAUGAGAUGACACACACAAGAGAGAAGAGCCUUUCCAAUGCUCUCAAAUACGGAAAAAGUUUUACCCAGUUUAGGGAACUUAAAAACGCAUAAAAUGACACACUCGGGAGAGAAGCCUCACCUUUGUUCCCAGUGUGGAAAGGGUUUUGUUCAGUUAGUGCACCUAAAAACACACGAGAGGACACACACAUGAGAGUAGCCUCACCUUUGCUCCCAGUUUAGAAAGGGUUUUCUUCUGUUAAGGGGCCUGAAAGAAAAUGAGAGACACACACGGUAGAAGACGCCAUAGGAGCAGGGCUUCAUUCAUUUCAAAACCAGUAUUUACAUUACCUAGAUAUGAAAAAACAACCAUUUGAAUAUUGGAAUGUAUUUGAAAAUACCAUUUGGAAUGUAUUGGCAUUCCUCAACUACAUAUCAUAUUAAGAAUUUGAAAGACAGUAUAAUACAUUUUAGAAUUAUUUGGAUGUAUUUAAAAUAGUUUUGAAUGUACUUAGUAGUUAAAAAUAAAGAAAUAACAAACAACUUCACAUGUACAGGUCUUAUUUCACUGUUUAAUCACAAUAUACAGCCCAUACUUUACAUUGGUGUCCCGUCUGCUAUGGCUUCUGCUCAGAAACAGUCAGGCGCUUGCCAACUGUUUCUUUCAGGUUUUUGACAAGCUUUCCAUUCUACCUGGUAGAGCAAUUGGUGAGAUGUUUAGUCAGUCCUCUGAUGUAUGGAAUGAUGUAGCUGGCUGUGAUGAUGUCGAAUCCUUGCACGCAAUCUGUGGCAAACAUGUAGGAGCAGUAUAGACCUUGUCUGUUCAUUAUAUACAUCUACAUGAUGUAUUGUUACACCAUGUAGGAGCAGUAUAGACCUAGUCUGUUCAUUAUAUACAUUGUAUUGUUACAUCAGGGAGCAGGAGCAGUAUAGACCUAGUCUGUUCAUUAUAUUCAUUGUAUUGUUAUAUCAUGUAGUAGCAGUAUAGACCUAGUCUGUUCAUUAUAUACAUUGUAUUGUUACAUCAGGGAGCAGGAGCAGUAUAGAUCCAACUGCAUAUUGAUUGAUGAUCUGUUUGAUUGAUUUCCGAUCUGUUCUGAUCAACACAUGAUUCUCUUUUGUACGUA